AGGAUCGUGUCCAACGCCUAUCAACGGUAGUGCAAAGAUGUUGGCAUUUCUCAAUUGCAGCAGCAACAAGCCCAUUCCUCAACAUGCACGUAUUCACGCUUGCACUCGUGGUCGCGGGCGUCGCAGCGCGUUCGCAGUACGUCAUUCGCCUUCCAAAUGGCGCCAACGUCCCCGGUGUGAGUGCACUCGGGCACACCAACCCAAAUGGCGACGGCAGCGUCAACAAGUUUGGCAAUGACUUCAGCGCCACCGGCGGUGGGUGGACCAAGACGCUCUGCCAACUCGACUCGGACGGCGACGGCGCGACGAACGGCGAAGAGCUUUUGGAUCCGUGCUGCACUUGGACGCAAGGCGGGAGCCUCACAUCGACGUAUACCCCGACGCACCCGGGGGUAAAAAACACAUUUUCAAAAGAUGAGCUCGCGGCGCUCAAGUGCGGCAGCAACACGACGCUGCCGCCGUCGUCGGCAACGCCCAAGCCCAGCGCAGCGCCGACCAUUCUGCCGUGCAUCGGCCUCGUAUUUGGCACAGUCGUUGCACUUGUGCUCUGGUAAUCAUUGGGAAUAUCUUAUAUAUAUUUCUACUCUGU